GGUUGCUGCCUACCGAGAGCCUUCUCCAAAAUCCUACAAUCUGCUGUCGUCUCAAAAUAACAGCAGCGUCUCGCAAACAACUAGGCUUACAACUCAUUGGUUAUCCCAUCUAGAGGUAUAUGUUUUGAAGGACGCUGUUUCGUUCCCAAUAAAUGCUGUUCCACGCGAACUGAUGCCGCAUUUCCACGUGGUCCAGAGAAAAUCGGAACUUGUCUACCUUCCUCUCUUCUUCAUAGAUCCACAGUUGCAGCCAACAUAUUACUGGAUGGAGUUACCUGGAGUUCCAACAGAAAGGCUCAAUUUUACGAUCGAAGUUAUUCCUCUCUCAAUUGGCAGGUUUCGACUCAGGUGUAUGCUUGCACAGGCAGUUGAACAACUGAAAGUCAUGGGCAUCAAAGAUAAGGACCUUGAAGACUUGCAAGGUAUUUUUACUGAGACAAAUCUAUAUCUUCUAUUGACUACGGUAGUUGUAUCAGCGUUUCAUCUAUUUUUCGACUUCCUCGCAUUCAAAAAUGAUGUCCAGUUUUGGAGAAAUGCUGAAAACACGACUGGCAUAUCUAUUCGUACAAUCGUCUGGCGGUGCUUUAGUACGAGCAUAAUAUUCCUUUACUUAUACGAGGAGAAGAGCAGCUUACUGGUGGUGAUUCCCUCGGGAAUCUCAGCGAUUAUUGAGUUCUGGAAGCUUUGUCGCAUGACCAAAGUGUCGUUCAGUCUCCGCGGUGGUGUGUCUAUCGGCCAACGUAGCAGAGAGGAAGAGGAGACCGAUAAAUUGGAUGCAUAUUUCAUGCGGCGCCUAAUGUACUUCAUGAUACCUCUUUGUGUCAGCGGUGCUAUCUACUCUCUCCUCUACAUGCCACAUCGGAGGUGA